CCACGGAAGUGACGUCAAAUAACGCGAGCAGAAAGAUAUAUCCAGCAGCCUUCUGAUCUGAUUUGGUAUGUUUAAGAUGGCGUCGGCCUUGCAUUGGAUUCCCGAUUCUUUGUACAAUACAGCAAUUACUACUGUCGUUUCGUGUUUUAAUGUGUUUCAGAAAGAACUACGUACAUUUCCCGAAAAUGUACUGUUUGAUAUUUAUUAUAAAUUGUAUAAACAAGGACGACUUUGCCAGUUGGGAUUUGAAUUCUGCAAUCUGGAAGUCUUUUCUAGAGUACUCAAGGUGAAAGAUAAACGUCAUCUUCUACAUCACUGUUUUCAAGCUUUAAUGGAUCAUGGUGCUCAUACAUCUGAGCAUUUAGCAGAUGCUUAUUAUCAACAUUGCUUAACUGUUAAGCAUUCUUCAGUUCAAGUGAAAGAUAGGACAAUUCAACUUGGUCUUUCUCUAGGUAGUAUUUUGAGUGAUGCAGGUUGGUUUCUUGAUGCUGAAAAAAUAAUGAAAUCAUGUAUGGAAAUCUGUAAACAGUUGAAAGAUCCUCCUCAUCUAAAUAUAUUGUUGGAAUGUUGCAUUAGAAAUCUCCAUAAUUAUCAUUUCAGGAAGAUAUGUAAAAACUUAUUUAUUCACUUAUUAAAAUCUUAUUCCAUAUUACAGGCAUAUAGGUGGAGUUUAGAAGCAUUAAAAUGUUUAAACUCAAGUUUACCUAUUAAGACAAUUAUUCAUGUUCUUCGUCAAGCUGCUAAGGCCUGUGUAAUAAAGAGAUAUUUCAAAAAAGCUGGUCUUCUAAUAAAACAAGCAUUGCAUCUGUCAAGAGAACACUUUGGAUGCAAGCAUCCAAAAACAGCUGACACAUUACAGGAUUAUGGCUUCUACCUGUUAAAUGUUGAUUCAAAUCGCCAGUCUGUUAAAGUCUAUCAGACGGCAUUAGAUGUUCGCCAGUGUGUAUUUGGUGGUCAUAACUUGCAUGUUGCCAUAGCACACGAAGAUCUGGCAUAUGCUUCUUAUGUUCAUGAAUACAGUUCUGGAAAAUUUCAACAUGCUAGAGAACAUGCUGAUAAAGCAAUGGCCAUAAUGAAGCAUCUUUUACCUGAAGAUCACCUACUACUGGCAUCAUCAAAACGAGUUAAAGCUCUUAUUUUAGAAGAAAUUGCCAUUGAUAACCAUGAUAAAGAAGCAGAACAACGUUUGUUAUCCGAAGCUCAAGAUUUACAUAUGUCAGCUCUUUUUGUUGCACAAAGAACUUUUGGAGAAAUGAAUGUUCAGACAGCCAAACAUUAUGGAAACUUGGGUCGACUAUAUCAGUCAAUGAAGCGUUUCAAGGAAGCUGAAGAAAUGCAUCUUAAAGCCAUUCAGAUAAAAGAAAAAUUGUUAGGUGGAGAUGAUUAUGAAGUAGCUUUAUCAGUUGGUCAUUUAGCUUCUCUCUAUAAUUAUGAUAUGUUACUCUUUGAGAAAGCAGAGAAGUUGUAUUGUCGAUCAGUAAGCAUUGGUAUUAAAUUAUUUGGAAAAGGAUACAGCGGCCUGGAAUAUGACUACCGGGGACUCCUCCGAGUCUACACGACUUUAGACGACUACGAAAAGACCGCGUAUUAUACGAGAAUCCUCCAUCAUUGGAAACAGCUCCGCGACCAGACCACAAAAGUAGAAAACGAAAUGUCUCCUCUCAAUCUGCAAAUUUUACCAUUGAGUGUAGAAGAGAUUUUUCCUAUUUUUGAAAAACUGUAAUAAAUGUUAAAUAAUGUACUAUAAGAUUUGGAUAUGACUGCAGUUAUCUAAUGAAAAGUAAUUAUUAACGUUUGUGUAAAUGUAUAAAUUUUUCAAUUGUAUAUAUUGACUUCCAUACUUAAUUUUUUUCUGGAUCUUGUUAUCGGUGUCAUGUGCAAACUUUUUCAAAACAGCUCUCGUUUUCAGAGACACAUUUUAUGCAAACUCAAUCUUUCCACAUGUAUUAAAAUAAAUGUUUAUACUUAACAUACAUAUUUGUACAAAACAUUUUCUUAAUCUAAAUUUAAGAUUAAGCAAAUGUUUUGAAGAGUGAGUCUGCUUAUUGGUUCUUUACCACUCUUCAGUGUAAUUUUUGAAAUUACUGAUCUGGAUUAUGACAGUUUGCCAACAACUUUGAGGAAUCAUUUUCACAUAAUACACAGAAGAAAAGGCGGAGAAUGUAACAUUUGUUGCAAUGGAAGCCAAAAGUUUCUGCAGAGAUGACAAGUAUGUAAUACUAGGCGAGAUGCUACCUUCCUUACAUUACAUUAAAAAUUGAAAGAAACAAUUUUACAAAUCCAUUCUAACCUAAUUUCUGGGGGGAAAUCUUCAACAAAUUCUGAUAAUUUUUACUUCCAGUUUAAGUUUCAUGAUACAAAAUACUUAAUAAAUUUUGGCGCUCAAAGUUUGCACAUCACUGAUCUACACUGUGAAAAAUUUAGUGAUACAACAAUUAAUGAUAAUCAAAAACAAUAAUAUGUAUUUUAUUUUGGUCUGUUUGAUGAAAUAUCCAUAAAAAUCCAAUUUUAAGAGAUAAAAUAAUGAAUUAAAUUUAAAUCUUCCAGAUGAUAAUUUAAUAUUGUCUCUGACUUAGAAGAAUUAUCUCAUCAUUCUUGAGUGUUACACUUAAUUUUAUUGUAAAUAGAAUUGGAUUAGUUUAAACAAACAAACAAAAAAAAAAAAGAAUGUAUCCUGUGAUAGAUUUGUGUUGUUUAGAUAUAGGUGAUAACAUGUUAAGUGACUUGUACAGAAUAAAUU